GUCGGGCUUUCCAACAUGAUUGUUCAACCAAACAAAUCAAAACACCCACAAUCCACACACGUGAUCUCAUAAAACACGUCGCGACGUCGUCGCGUCCUUGCUUAACUUUACACCCUGUCCAUGCCUCAACCAAUUAUACUAUGGAACACUAAACGACACGCAACUCACGUCUAUGACGAUGCAGGCAUUUCCAUCACUAAAACUAUACUCGCUCCUCUAGGCCCACCAGCCCCCUAUAACACCCAGCCGCCAAACAAUUUGAGGACCGUCCCACCCCUCGCAUACUUCUGCAUUCGUGCCCUCACCCCAUACGCCGAUCAGCUGCACAACCUUCAGAAUCCCGUACCUUACAAUAAGGAUGUUGCUCGUGCUUUAGUCCCGACAAAAGCGGUCCCCCGUCAUGUCAUCGCUGCCCGAAAGCAGGAUUCCCAAAGUACAAUGGACUCUGGCGGGCAGUUUGACGUUCAGAGCGUUGACCCCAGACUGUUGGCAACACUCGCGCAAGUUAUGCACCCGAUUCCUGCAGAGUUCAGGCACUAUGACAUACCCCUCAGUGAUGUCCACUUGCCGUUGCUCCAACAAGUGCCCAGUCGGGAUAACUUCUGCUUCAUAACUCUCCUGUCCCUACCGGGUUGCCAGGAGGUGUCUGACAACACCAUUUUCGUCAUUCGGCGCUUGAAAACCCUCGCUGCGCUCGAUCUGAGAGGAACAACCGUAGGAUCCUAUGGCCUUACCGUGCUUUCUCGUGACUUGUCAUGGAGCGAUGACGAACUACAAUCCAGGACUGGUUGCUGGGGACUCAGAAUUCUGUGCCUGCAUAGCUGCACCAACAUAGGCAACGAGGCUCUCCCCAUAUUAUCCAAUUUCCCCCUGCUAUCGUCUAUUGACCUUCGCUUCACUGGAUGUACACGGCACGCUGUCUCCAAACAUCUGGCUCCUGCUGGCUUCAGACCCUCCUCAAAGCGUAUCUUGUUUUAUCCUGCUCCACUGGAUGUCUCGCUCAGUGCGCUCGAGCACCUUCCCCAAUCAUCAAUUUACUCGUGCCCAAUCACCUCCGUAUUCAAGCUGCACGUUUCCGAGCUCAACCAUCGCACAUCCUUUUCCGAGCACGAAGCCAAACCAUUCAUCCUCCGGAACAUGAUGGAAGGACCAAUAAGCCUAAUAGAUUCGGAUUCAGAUGAAGAAUGCAGCUGGCCUGCACCAGAACCUGUCUCUCGGAAUGUCCAGGCACGCACGACAUCCACUUUCUACACAUCGCGCCUGCCUCGUUUAGAAACUCAGAUACGGGCGGCGAGCGAUAAAGAGCAGCUUGACCCAUUGGCUUUAACACGCCCUCCACCCCCGUGGAGUGUACUGGAGGCGCUUCGUCCACCAGUACGACAAUUGGAUGGUCCGCGAGAGCAGCAGCCCCCGAAGCUGGCAUCCGUGGACCGUGCACGUCUCAUCAAGCGUAACUUGUCAGGCGUAGAGGAUAUGCUUACGACCAUAUUCAAUAAUAAUAAAAAACGGAAAACGGAAAGUGAAUUCGCCAGCGCGAGUGCACCUCUAGUUCCCGUUUCGAAAAAGAGGAAUCCUUUCCUAAAAUCCAGUGGCUCGACUUCCAAAUCAAACGGAUCGGGUGGCAUGGUGCGAUCCGUGUUCGCUGAGCAGAGAGAUGCUGCUAUUUCAUCAGCCCAUGUUAAACGAGGCAUGACUAUCGCGAAACCGUGGCCGAAGUUCUGCGAUUCAGGGCCCUUGAAGCCCUCAAAAACUUCCACGGCUUCGAGCUCCUCUGCUGUCCAGAACAGUCCGAAGGCUCCCGCCAAGAUUUUCAGACCCAUCACAUCGUACCCCGUUCCACCGUGUCCGCCAGAGCACCUCCUGCUUGUGCCACAGAUCUAUCCAAAGAAGAGGACACAGGCGGUUGUCCAACAGUUUCCCCCAUCGACGGCGCCGGUAGACGGGAGCGAUGACAUUGUUGAAGUCGAAGGCAUUGGUCCCAUUAGGGAUGACGAUUCCAAGAGGGACGAGAGGCCUCCGAAGAAAGCUGGGAGAGAUCGUGGUGGCACAAAAAAUACGACGAAGAAAGGCAAGCAGAAGGCAACUGGAUUUGAUUGGGAUAAAUGGAGACGUACUACCAUGUAGUUGUGCUAUUAUCUUUUCUUUAUGUGCUCCCUAUGUACUUUAUUACUACUUAUACCCAUUCAACCAAGUC